UUAUUUCGUUUUUUUGCAUUAAUUCGUCACUAACCAAUUCUUCAGGAAAGAAUCCUUCACGAAGCAUGAGAUAAUUGAGCAAGGGAAAUUAAACUGGUUGCUAUAACAUCAUAAUCGUUGCGAUACAAACAAAAACAUUGUUUCUGGUGCGUUUAAUGCAAAUUUGAUACGAUGAUUAUUCCCUUAAUAUUUGAAGUUUUACUUUAUUUGAACUCCUAUUAUUUCGGUUUUUUCGCUCUCUGUGAAAUAUCCAUGUUUAGUCUGAAGUAUUUGAAUGGAAACAAUGAAUCAGAAAAAUAUCAAACCGACUUCAGCAUACUAGCAUUCAUAUGCAUCAUAGAAAUAUUCAGAGUUACUUUAGCAAGAAGAGGAAAUCUUACAGAAAAGAGAUGGACAGUUUUCAUAGCUUUAAUGUUAACGAUCCCUUCCGGCGCUGGUUUAAUGUUCUUAAUCUUUCUUCAAACCAAGAUACUCAGGCUGGAAUAUACUAUUUGCCUGAUCCAAUUUGUUUUUGAAAUAUUGGAAAUUGCGACUGGUAUAUUACUACUGCUUCCCUCAAAUAAAUCUUCCCAGUAUUAUUAGUGAUAAAUAAUAGUAUGUUAAUAUAAAACUGAAUGCUUUAUUCGAAAUAUAAUAUGUUUUAAGUA